CACCACACCACGUAAAGACGUGUUCUCUCAGCUUUGACUUUUCACAAUGCGCGCCCGCCACACGGCCCACAAUUUCCUGGCAUUUCCAGUCUAUUCUUCUGCCUUCAUCUCAGACAACGAGCUCGUUCUAGGCGGUGGUGGAGGUACUUCGCGCAGCGGUAUCAAAAACAAACUGAGACUGUACCAUGUCGGAGAGGACCGCUCUGUUGACAUACUCGACGAGUUCGAGCUCGAGGCAGGAGAGGAUGCCCCAAUGAGCAUGGCCGCCAAUGUUCAGUCAAAUACUCUCGUAUGCGGAGCAAAUAGUACUGAAGAGCUCGUAGCUAAAGGACAGAAUGAAAAUUGUCGCGCUUUCGCUAUCAAGAACCACAAGUUGAACUUUCUCCGAAAGAAAGGGACUCUGGACUCGGAAAGUAUUGAGGAAUUCCAGAAAGUCACAGUUUUAUCAGAAGACGGAUCCUUCGUUGCGGCUGCAGGUCCUAACAUUCUGCAUCUCAUGUCUCUUCCUUCGCUAACAUUGCGUACGACGCCGAUCUCCACAACGAAAGAAAUAUAUGACGUUGCUUUUUUCGGGGACACGAUGAUUGUUGUUACCACCGCCGAAUUACUUGUCUACUCGAUUCCGUCAAAACAGCAAAGGUCGUCACCUUCCAAGAGCAAGAAGAAGGGCAAGCUAAAAGCGACGGCAAUACCUGAAAUGAAACUCCAAAGAACUGUAGAAUUCCCCAAGUCAUUGAACGGUACCUCAGGAGGUACGUUCCGAAGUGGACGAUAUCAUCCGAAAGAUAGCAGCGUUUUCUAUACGGCGGUCAAUACGACGCCUGUACGCUCACGGAAGAGCAGGUCGAUGCCGCGGCAGUCCUUUGUGUGCAAAUGGAAUACGGAUACGUGGACCGUUGACAAGUCCCGAAAGAUUGGAGACCGCGCGUUGACCUGCUUUGAUGUCAGUCCUGAUGGGCAAUAUCUGGGCUUUGGCUCAUCAGACUUGACUAUUGGGCUAUUGGAUGCCAAUACGUUGGCUCCUGCUGUGUCUAUCCUGAAAGCUCACGAGUUCCCUCCGACCACAAUAUCAUUCAGCCCCGAUUCACACCUUUUCGUUUCAGGGAGUGCAGAUAAUUCUGUCAGGGUCGUAACUGUUCCGGAAUCUUCCUCAUCAUCUUUCUCAUGGGCUAUCAUUUUCCUAAUUCUCACCGUACUCAUGGUGUUGCUAGCGGCUGCAGUUCAGAAACUGCAUUGAGCGCCGUCUUGUAUAUAUGUUAUGCGAACACUUUAGGGUGUUUAUAAAUGUUUCUCCUGCAUGAGAAGACACCUGGCCGUCCAAAUUAUUAUUUUGAAGAUCGAUGCAGCUGGCAGUGUCUACAAAUAAGGCGUAUUGGUUUUCCGUCAAUGUCGAAGCAUGCUUUUAUCGUGCUGGUCCACAUGAGAUGCAGAGCAAGAUGACAACAUACGCCGCAGCUUUAUUCGACUACAUACACCUCAAACAUCCCAUUGGACAAGGACGUGCUCCUCUCUCCAUGCCUCUCGAGCGUCUUGCCCAUUUUCCAUACAACAAUCCUUUUCACAAGAGAACACCAUACAAGUUCCCCAGUCCAUGCCACGAUUACCGUCACUGCCUUUUAGCGCCUUUUGGACAGCUUUCCGGCGUUCCUCAUCAGACAUGUUCUUCGUCGAGUCUGUCGAGCCAUCACGG